AGAGACACUCACACCGACAGAGAGAGCUCCGCAACAAAACCAGCACCACUUCCACUGAGAGAGGACAGCAGGAGGGAGUACUGGGAGUACUGGUGCUACUAGUGCUACUGGGAUGCUGGGAAUACUUCCACUUCAACCAGGUACUGAAUCCACCAAAUGAAGCAGACUUUAAAAGAACUCAGAACCAAAGAAAGAGGAACUUUUGGGGACAGGGAGUGGCUUCCUGUUUGUCUGCAACGUCUCCAGCUUCACUUAAAAAAAAAUGGCAUCCAAGUUAGAGGAGGAUCUGAGCUGUCCGGUCUGCCUGGACAUCUUUAAAGAUCCUGUAACGUUGUCCUGCAACCACAGCUUCUGUAGAGAAUGUUUGGAGAAGAGCUGGAAGGAGAAGGAGGACAAGGAGUGUCCCAUCUGUAAGAGGAGACACUCAAAGGAUUUUAAUCCUAACUUUGCUUUAAAGAAUCUGUGUGAGACUUUUCUGCAGGAGAGAGAACAGAGAGCUUCAGAGGAUCUCUGCAGUCUGCAUCAGGAGACGCUCAAACUCUUCUGUCUGGACCAUCAGGAGCUGGUGUGUCUCGUCUGCAGAGAUUCAGAAAAGCUUGCUGAGCACCGAUUCAGACCCAUCGAUGAAGCUGUUCAACAACACAAGAAGAACCUUGAGGAAACUCUGCAGCCCUUAAAGAAGAAGUUAGAGGCUCUUAAAGACGUUAAAGUGAAGUUUGAUCAAACAGAAGCUCACAUGGAGGUCCAGGCCCGACACACAGAGAGGCAGAUUAAGGAGCAGUUCAAGAAGCUUCAUCACUUUCUAGCAGAGGAAGAGGAGGCCAGGCUGCGUGCACUGAGGGAGGAAGAGGAGCAGAAGAGGCAGAGGAUGAAGGAGCAGAUGGAGGCUCUGAGAGCACAGAUAGCAGAUCUUUCACAGACAGUCAGAGCCACAGAGGACCAGCUGACGGCCCAAGACGUCUCCUUCCUGAAAAACUACAAGGCUGCAGUGGAGAGAGUCCAGCAGCGCCCCCUGCUGGAGGAGCCACAGCUGCCCUCAGGAGCUCUGAUAGACCAGGCCAAACACCUGGGCAACCUGGCCUUCAAGAUCUGGACCAAGAUGAAGGACGUGGUCUCCUACACACCCAUCAUUCUAGACCCAAAUGCUGCUGGUUUAUACCUCAUCCUGUCUGAUGAUCUGACCACUGUCAGAGGAGGAGAGAGACAGCAGCUUCCUGAUAAUCCAGAGAGGAUUGAAGAUUACUGCUCUGUCCUGGGCUCUGAGGGUUUUAACUCAGGGACUCACAGCUGGGACGUCGAGGUCAGAGACAGUACAUACUGGUACCUGGGAGUGUUUCCAGAGUCUGCUGAGAGGAAGGGAAACAUAUGGUCAAGAGUUUGGGCAGUCGUGCUCUGUGGUGGUAACUACUACACACACUCACCAUCACAUCCAGUCACUGUUCUCUCAGUGCAGACAAAACCAAAGAGGAUCCGAGUGAAUCUGGACUGUAACAGAGGAGAGCUGUCGUUCUCUGAUCCUGAUACUAACACACUCAUACACUCCUUCACACACACUUUCACUGACAGGAUGCUUCCAUUCUUUUUUAACGGGUCUAUCUCCUCACUGCAGAUUCUCCCAGAGAAGAUCUCUGUGAGCGUGGAACCAAACUAAACAAACAUGAUGUUAUGAUGGCAUUUGAUCCAGUCACUUCUGAUAUUUGACGACAGAAACUUUCCUUUCAUGGUUUACAGUCAACAAAUCUGUGACGGAUCAAAAGUUAGGCCUCAUCUGAUUACAGUUCGUCAAACACCACACCAGCACCACCAUGAACAGGACCGCCUACACACAUUUAUAGAUUUUUAAUUUUAAUGACAUGAUAGAAAGUCCACUUACUUUACUCUCCUUUUAAAGUGAAACCCAAAAUGUUGACACUAGGGUUGCACUGAAAAUUCGGCCACUGAAAAUUUUUGGCAGAAAGACUUUUAUCACCGAAACAACGACGCCGAAACACAACGUUGUGAUUACGCAAGCAAAAACUGCAGCCAGCAUGGGCUUGGAUCAGUGGUUCUCAAACAGGGGUAUGCGUAUGUGAAGGCACUCCAGAGGCUUUUAAAAUAUAUGCUGGCUAUAUUAAAAAAAUCGCGCCUUUCUUUGCACAUCAGGAGGGACACGAUUGCGAGUAUAUUACUAAUUCUAAAAUCACAUUUGUGCUGCGAACGUCUGCGGUGUGUUUUCUCUCUCCUCUGAUAAACAGUGAUUUUUAUUGGAGUGGAAGAUAAAAGGAGGGUUGUCCCUCUCCGUCCUUCACUCCAUACGUAGCGUGGUACUUUUACACACAGCCAGAAGGUCAGUGCCAUUUAGUUUCACUGUUUCAUUCACUGUGCCAGCCAAGUUUGUAAGAGGAGGGACUGACUUUUCAUUCACUGUGUCAAAAAUGAUCAAUAAUAGUAAUAAGGGAGGGCACAGCUGAGGCUCGCGGUGAGAGGAGUUAACUCCCUACAGCACACAGACUGGCUCACCUGUUUGUGUUCCAGACUGGUCAGAGGAGUCAUUUCAGUGAGCUGGUUGAUCCAGAGUAUUUAUAAGCCGUAUGUCUGAGGUCAGAGGAGACUGUGUUGGUAAGUAUUUCACUGGAAUAAAGUCCUGUUAGUUUAGAAACAGCUCCAGUUGUGUGAGUAGUGCAUUUGCGCCCAUAUGAACAUGUCUGGCGAUCUGCUGCCUGUCUCCCUCUCUACCAGGCUACAUGAGGCAAAAACACAAGAACUGACUACAGACAGAUAUGAGAGGAGGAAAAACAUCAGGUGGUGUUAGAGAAGAGGACGUUUUUGUUCCUCUGUCUACCUUAAAGAUCGGCACCACCACCAUGUGCACUCAUCGGAGCGAAACUUAAACAUCCGCAGCAAUGUCGCGCUGCGAAAUGAUGUUGCAGGUGUGGAAGCUUGCACUGAUUCGCUACAGGUUCGAAAUGUUAAUAUUUUGUGUGAAUAAUUUGCACGAAAAAAAAUUGCGUCUGGAGUGUAAGGACCUUAAGUUUAUGAAGUGGAGUUUAUAUUUUGUAGGCUCUUAAAUUUAAUCACCCUAAAACCUCCUGAGUCUCCCCAUGGCAGAAUGGUUUGACCCACACAUGCCUGUCAAUCACUGUAUUCACAAUCUCUCCAUUCAUUAAAAGGUUCAUGAUUUAUUUUUUGUGAAGAAAUGCUGAUCUAUAACUAAGUUCAUGAUUUCAGUUUGAGAAGAGGUCUUUAUUAUGAUCUCAAAAAGGGGCACUAAGCUGCCUUUUUUAUAAUUAGUUAAUUUUUUACAGGGUUUAAGUUUUUUUCUAGCUUUUUAUUUCCAAAUUGUUCCAGAGAGACCGCUGCAGCUGAGCAGAGUUUUACUACUGAUGAUUUUAAAUGGUUUUAUGCCUUUCCAGUCACUGUUUUCAAUACAUUAAUUUGAAUUCCCACAUUUAGUGAUGAGAAGAUGUGCCACGAAUUCAGUCAUGCAUUUUUAACAUUU